GCUCGCGACGGAUACAGCCUCGAUGUGGUUUGUUUAAAUAUGGCGACAGGUAACGAGAAAACUAAUGAUGCCGGUGGACCCAGCGCAGGUGGACUGGAGGAGUUUAUAGCAAAUCAGCAAGCCAUACAGAGGGCACAAGCAUCAAAUGAACCAGGAGAAAACAUAGACGAUGGCAAACUGUCACAGUUUCUCUCUAGAGCUUUUUCAGAAAGUAGAAGGAUGAACAAUGAAGUGGAGAAGUCCAGAGCUAAAAGUGAAAAAAUGCAUCAAAUCCUGGGUGCUGAGCGCGUGAGUAGUUGGUGCAAAGAACAUGCAGCGGAAGUCCUCACCCAGCAGCAACAAGACCUGGUGGAGGGUACAAGCAAGCCUUAGUCCACAGCUACCUUUUUAAAACAUUUUGAAUGAUGGUUGCAUUUUUCAAAUGUGUUUAACGCACGGCACCAAGAACAUUUUUUCCAGCACAAUAAUGCUCACUAGAGCAGAACAAAAGGUCACUGUCCACUAUAGUGGGCCAGAAGUUCUAGCAUUAACCUUAAGCAUUUCUGCAAAAUUUGUGUGCAUUUCAUUAAGAUAUUCUUUUAUGCAUUCUGUUGUAAAUUGUUUUCGUGUUUUAACUUUCUGAUAGUAUUAACUUUCAAACUAGCCACAAUCAAAUGCAACAAAAAUAUACUUACUAGAAACAUAAAGUUCAAUUACUAAAACAAGAAUAUUUUUUAACACAGAAUUUAUUGAUGCUUUUUUUGAGCACUUAUUGACAUGAUGGACAAACAGAAAAGCAGUGAUAAGCCACUUAUCCAAAUCAUUUAGCAAACACCAAAUUCAUGAAAUGCUACAGAGAACACUGAAAUGAUGUCCAGUCACUUUUAAGUCUUCCAAAAAGAAAGCUGUAAACAGACAAAAUUUUGUUGCAGAAACUGACAGAUAAACAUCUGAUAAAAUAAAAAAUUCCAACUAAAAAA